CCAAAGUGUUACAGAAAUUCGAGACCUACUUGAGAAGCUCUCUUCCAGCUCAUCAUUAUCUUCUGGUGGAGGUCAGAGAUCUAGCAUUUGGAAUAUGCUGUACGAUAGAAUCAUGGGGAAAAGCUGCUCAGAUGGGACAACUGAUCACAAAACCAUAUAGAGACCACUAUGGACCAUACCAUCCAAGUCUGGGGAUUCACCUCCUAAAGAUGGGCCAAGCACUGCUAAACCUGAAGAGAUUUCAGGAGGCCAGAAAGUAUCUCACAGAGGCAAAGAGUGUUUUGGAGGUAACGCAUGGACCACAGCAUUCACUGUUGAAGUCAACGUCAGUGCAAAAACUGCUCUGUAGAUUUAGGUAAUACAUGGCUAACGACUUUCCUUAAGGUCGCCCCUUCUGUCUGAUACUGCAGAUAACACAUGUCUAGCAUCCGUCACUGAUGUCAACAUCAAUACAAGACUUUUUCUGUAGCAGUAGAUGACACUGGAAAUACUACAGAUGGAAGGAAAGAGCAACAGAGAGUUUUCAAUAACAUGUUACGAUCAUUGUUAUAAGCUACUGAAAUCCUUGCAUUUGAUUGGCUGUGAGCAGAUUUGUCAAAGAUAUGUGGUAGUUGCUAUUGUUAACAAGUUUGAUGAAACAGGGCCCAGUUUUAUUUAAGGAGGUGUUAUAUGUGGAAUUAUAUACCUCAUUUUAAGAUUCUUUACUAAUCCUGUCUUCUGAUUGG